CAUAUUUUUAUGUAAAGUCAAAGUUACGAUCAUGACCUUACGAUACGCGUGUUUGGGCUCUUUGAAAGCAACUUCUGGGAAAGUCGAAUUAUUUAUAUAUUAAAGAUAUAUUUAAAUCACGGACCUUCAGCUCAUCCUCAUCCUCAUUACUUUCCUCAAAUCUCUUGUUUAUCUCUCAAACCCUAGCAAUCGAAUCUUCUUCAAUCCAAUUCAUGUCGACGAUGUCGGGUAUUCAAGGCCAGAUCCUCGAGGUCACUGUGGUUGGUUGCCAGAAACUGAAAGACACGGAAUGGUUCUCGAGGCAAGAUCCGUACGUUGUCCUCGAGUAUAGCGGCACUAGGCACCGUACCCGAACCUGCACAGAUGGUGGGAAGAACGCAGUGUUUCAAGAGAAGUUUAUGUUCACUUUGCUUGAAGGACUUAGGGAUCUUAAAGUUGCUGUUUGGAAUAGUAACACUCUCUCCACUGAUGACUUCAUUGGCAAUGCUACGAUUCAGUUGCAGAAGGUUCUUUCUCAGGGAUACGACGACUGUACCUGGACUCUUCAGACCAAAACUGGCAGAUUUGCGGGAGAAGUAAGACUAAUACUGCAUUAUGCAGGCGCAAAGAAACAAAAUUACGGGUCUGUGCCAUCAGCACCACCAUAUGCCCCUCAAGUACCUCAAUACUCAGCACCGCCCGCUCCAUCUCCAUAUUCAUCACCACCAUACUCUGGACCAUCUCCGUACCCACAAGGACAAUACUCUCAGCCGCAAUCGGCAUACCCACCAGUUUCAGCUUAUCCUCCUCAGCCGUCUGCGUAUCCUCCUCCUCCCUCAACUGCUUAUCCUCCCGCUCCUUCAGCUUACCCUCCCGGUCCUUCGGCUUACCCUCCAGGUCCUUCAGCUUACCCUCCUCCUCCGCCAUCCUCAGCUUACCCUCCUCCUCCAUACCCUCCUCAACCAUCACCAUAUUACCCACAAGGUCCAUAUCCAGGACAAUACCCUCCGCCUCCGUACUAAAGCUCCGGCGUUUAGAAUUGACAGGAAAGUGGUUAUGAUGCAUAGAUCAUAAUACUAGUGAUGCUAUUACUAGAACUUUGUGACGAUUUUUUUGUUCUUUUCUUCUUUCUUUGAUCCUCCCUGUGCUUUUGUUGGCCUUUGCGAAAUGUAGCUUAAUGGUUAGUUUUAUGCAAUGGUCAUUGAGACUCAUUGGGGAAGUUUGGAUAUGUUCAUAUUAAGCCAGCUUGCAGAUUAUGUUUCAGAAUAAUCGAAUUAUUUACCUUUAAAAAGACCUUA